AUGAAGUCCAGAAACUUCUUGAUCCCAGUGGUGGUACUUCUUGUCCUUGGGACGCUGGUGGCACAGGCAGCUGUCGUAAGAGGUGGUCCUAAAGGUCAAGGCACUACGAAAGGCAAUGUUCUGAUCAAAGGACAAGAUCCAGUCGAAGGACAAGAUCCAGUCGAAGGUCAAGAUCCAGUCGAAGGUCAAGAUCCAGUCAAAAGUCAAGAUCCAGUCAAAGGACAAGAUCCAGUCAGAUUCCCAUGGAUCACGAAGCGUGGCUCCUGCCCCAGGAUUGUGUACCAGUGCACCAUUUUCAAUCCCUCUAACAAAUGUUUGACAGAUGCUGAAUGCCCGGGGGCCAAGAAGUGCUGUGUGGGCCGUUGCGGGACAACCUGUAUGUAUCCCCGGUGA